AUGAAGAGCCUCGACAUUUAUUCAGGGGUAUUUACCCAUGUAAUCGACCUUGCGGUGGAGGUUAGCUGCACCACCAUCGACCAGCUGCUGAGGGGAAUCGGCGCGGGCUGCCCGAAAUUGGAAAGGUUGAAGCUGGUCUCGUUGCGCGGCGACCCGCGGUUUCAGAUCAACCCCGCGCCUUGGAGGAAGCUCGCGCGGCAAUGCCCCCGCAUAACGUCACUGGAGCUCGACUCCCCACUCUACCGGAGUUACAACGAGUUCAACGAAACUCCGCCUCCCCCAGUAGACGCCUUCCCUGCACUGCGCUCACUCACCCUCCUCUACGAGCCGUCGCACUACCGCUUCAUCUCCCGCUGCUCCUCCCUCACCUCCCUCACCCUCUGGCGACCCGACGCCUUCGCCCUCUUCUCCCUCGCCUCUUCCUCGUCCCCUCUCCGCCUCUCCCUCUCCUCCCUCACCAUCCACUCCGCUUGGCUCGAAGCCGCACUCACGCCCCUCGCCGCCUUCCCCCGCCUCGCCUCUCUCGCCUUCCACUCCUGCAGCAUCGACCCCUGUGAGCUGCACGCCCUCUCUCGCUCCCUCCACACGCUCACCCACCUCGACAUCCACGACUGUCCCUUGGUCUCCAGUCAUUCCCUCGCUGCCUUGGCUGAAACCAACCCCGCUCUCUCCUCCCUCUCCCUCCACUCCACCUCCUACCCUCUCUUCGCCGCUCAAGGCCUCCGGAACGUGCUCCGCUCGGUUUCCUCCCGCCUCCACACCCUCACUCUCUCCGGGCUGCCCUCGUUCCGCCCCGGCUUGCUUGCACGCUGCAGCGGUCUGAAGCGGCUCACGGUGAGAGGAAGGGGGGAGGCGAGGGAGAGUGUAUCGCCCUCUGAGUCACCGCAGAAGCCGUCUUUGGAGGGUCUUGUGGCCAUGCUGGUGCGCGUGGAGCAGAGGGCAGGCGGCGGAGGAAUGGAGGGAGGGGACGGUGUAGUGGAGAGAGGGGACGGGGAGAUGGUUGUGGGGCACGAGGGGGGCGGAGGCUCAGCUGCUUCUGCUUCAGCAGCAGCAGCAGCAGCAGCAGAAGAAACACCAGAAGAAGCAACAGCAGCAGGAGCAGCAGCAGAAACAACAGCAGAAGAAGGCACGGCAGUGGCCGCUGAUAAGGGGACGAGGGGCAACAGGAACCGGCGGUACUACCUGGAUAUCCGUGCAGAAGCAGCAGCAGCACGCGCGGACACGGUCGCAGCAAUCGACGAGUCAAGGGCCCUGCUGACGACCGCUCGGCAGAAGCUCAGGAAAGCAGCUUCGGAAGCCCUGCAGACCCGCCGCAUGCACGGGGAGGCUGCCCUCGCGAAUAUCCGGCAGGCCGUCAUUCUGGUGCGAGCCGCCAUGUCUCUGUGCCGGUGCUUGCGCGUGGCUGUGGCCCACGUGGACGGCCGGGCUGCACGCGAGAAGGCACUGGCAAAGGUCGGUUCUGCUGCUGAGUCUGCAGGGUUCUUCACUGCAGCAGUGGAUUGUGAGAGAGAGGAGGGCGAACGGGAGAGGGAGGGGCAGGGGGGAGGAGGAGGGGGGGAGGUAGAAGGGCUGGUGAAUUUCACCCCUGAGAGUGACCUGCCGGCUGAUCUGGCGGAGGUGAGUGAGACGCUGCUGGGGGAGCAGACGGGUAUGUGGCCGGCGUUUGUGGCUGUGUCGCGAGCAGAGGCGCGCGCGCUGCUGCAUGCGCAGACGGAACAGCUGGUGGAGCACAUGGAGGCCAUCACUGCAGCAGCAGAUGGGGCGGCAGCAGAUGGGGCGGCAGCAGAUGGGGCGGCAGCAGAUGGGGCGGCAGCAGAUGGGGCGGCAGCAGAUGGGGCGGCAGCAGAUGGGGCAGCAGCGCAGGAGCUAACUAGUGCAGAAGGAGAAUCAGGAGGCCAGUGGUUCGCCUCCACAUGUGACCCGUCCUGGAUGCCUUCCCCCCUCCUCUCUGCCUCGCCCCUCAUGUGCCCCUUUUCCCACACUUCCUCACCCCACGCUUCCCUCCCUUCAUCGUCCUCCUCCCCCAAUCCUGUUCCAAGCGUGAGCAGCGAGCCACAGUCCUUCAAAGCUCUCGCACGGGCUGCUGUGUGUGGAAGGCUCAAAAGCCUGGCUCUCGUGAACUGCACUGGACUGGGGGAGCGGCAGCUGGUGAGGCUGCUCAGUGCAUGUGGCAUACUGGAGGAGCUGAGGGUGGAAGGCAGUGAUGGGUUCUCAGACACAGUGAUUGCACGGAGUCAACUGGAGGUGUUGACUCGGUUGACUGUGGUGGGGAGCGGUGGAGUCACUGCAGAUGGCAUUGGCGGGCUGCUAGGGAACGUGCCAAGGCUGCGGUACUUGAAGGUGGAGGCGAGUAAGGUUUCUGAAAGGGCUCGCCGGGAGUUGCUUCGUGCAGGAGUGGUUGUUAGGGGAGUGUGA